UUAAAUUACCUUUCUGUAAAGAUACAUCAUUCACGGAAUCCAAAUCUGAAUAUAUCCGUGGAGACUGUUACCUUAACAACCUAAAAAAAAAAACCAAAAUGCAUGAGAUGGAAAUGGAAACUAGCUCCUGGAACCAAAUUAUAGCGAUGAGUAAGUGUGGCUCAUGUAAGAAGCUCUUCAGCAGGGAUGGGUACACUGACAUUUCAAAGGAAUCAGAAAAAUCCUUCCAGUGCGCGGACUGUGGAGAGAUGUUUGUAAGGCAAGUUGAACUGGAGGAACAUAUGAGAGGACAUCCACUAGAUAAAGCCCUGUUGUGUGAUGUUUGUCAGAAAGUGGACAGGAUUUUUAAGUCGGUAAGUGAUGACCUUGUUAACUUGAUGGGUCAAAAGGGCGCAGAGGCAGCUGGUGUUGAUGUUUCGGAAAAUGAUUUGGGUUCUCCUGUUGAUCAGGAAAAGGCACAGAAAGGAAAGCUUGGUAUAUGUCAUAUGUGUGGGGAGACUUUUGUUGAUGAAAAGGACCUAGAAAGUCAUCUAAUGAUACAUAAAAUAAAGGACUCUUAUAAAAAUAAAGUUGAGUUUACCAGAAGUGGAUUGGAUGAAAAGUCUCAUGUCUGUGAUAUCUGUGGCAAGGAUUUUCAACAUUUAUCUCGAUUGAAAAUUCACAGAAAAACACACACUGGAGAAAAACGGUAUAAAUGUGAAAUAUGCGAUAAGGGAUUUUAUUUUUUAUCCCACAAACGAAUCCAUCUUCGAACUCAUGAAGGAGAGAAACGGUUCCCUUGUGAGAUAUGUGGAAAGAUGUUUUAUUUCUUGUCACAUAUGCAGACUCAUUUUCGAACUCAUACUGGUGAUAGACCAUAUGAGUGCGACAUUUGUGAAAAGACAUUUAGUCUGCAGUCCAACCUACAGAGACACAAGCGAACACACACUGGUGAUAAGCGCUACAAAUGCGAUAUAUGUGGAAAAGCUUUUGGAGGUCACUCAGGAUAUCAAGUUCACAUGCGCGCCCAUACCGGAUACAAACCCUACAAAUGUGAUGUUUGUGGAAAAGAAUUCAGCCAGAAUGCACAUGUGAAAAGGCACAUGUUCAUACACACACAUGAAAAACCAUACUCCUGUGAAGUGUGCGGUAAAAAAUUUAGGUGGACGGCUGAUUUACAAAAGCACAAACCCGUACACACAGGUGAAAAACCUUACAAAUGUAAUAUUUGUGAAAAGACAUUUCUCCAUGCGUCUGGGCUGAAAGUUCACACUAGGACCCAUACUGGAGAUAAACCGUACACAUGUAACUUAUGUGGUCAGUCAUUCACUCAGGCAUCAAACUUAAAUACACAUGUAGUUAGGAAGCAUCACAAUUUUGUGUGUGGUCUCUGUGACCAGGGAUUUCCAAACUCUGAGAAACUGAAGGAGCAUUUGGUCAGCCACACUCCCUCAAUUGUGAAUUCCAGUAUAGAUUUUGGGUCUAUUUUAGAACAGCCAAUCAUAGGUCCAUCCUAGACACUAGACAGUAGUAAAUGUUUCAAAAGCACAAUUUCUGUUAAAAGCACGUAGUCUUCCAUAUUGUUAGUAAUUAGCCUGAUAUACUUGUACAUGUUUUACACUAAGGAGAUAUAUUUCCUAUAAUGCAUUUAGUCAUUUUAGAUAUUAAAUAAUAUAAUUUGCAUGGUUUCUUAUUUAUUUGUAAAGUUUAUUUUGCACCAUGCUCUCUCGAGCCAAUAAAUUGGCCCCAAAAAAAAUCAUAUGUAUUGUAUAGUAUUGUGUAUUGUAUUUUAUUGUAGUAUAAUAUAGUUUUGAUAUUUUAAAUAAAAAAAGAAACUGUUA